CAGUCUUUUUGCUUUUGCUCGUGCCUUUGGAUUUGCUGUUUGCUCGCUCGUGGAUUUCUGUUGAGUGGAGUUUGCUCGUCAGUUUGAGUUUGGUUCGUUGCGCGUUCGCACACGCGCGCUGUAGUAGUACGAUAUAGAGUUUAUUCCCAUUCGAUCCGAGAUCCGACAUGACCGUCGUGGUGCCCCUCGCCGCCCCCCGCUCGCUCUAAUCAGUUGGACAACGCUUUUGGCUCUGCGUACUUCGCGGCUAAUUUCCAACUUAAGAAGUGAAAAACAACAAAAUCGAGCAAAUAAUUGAGUAAUUAAAGUUAAACGUAAGGAGAGCUGCUCUGCCAAGUGUUUUGUGUUAGUGCUUUUGUGUAACGGUCUGCUAACUGGAGCUGGAUCUGAAUUAGAGAUUACGGCAAAGUGUUUGAUGCGAUAAACUAAUGAAACUAAAGUGAAAUAUGCCAGCAAAUUCAAAAUAAAUCAAAAUAAGUGUUUUGCUAAAAUCUGCAAAUGUUUUUAUUUGCCAUCUGUGCAAGUGCCCAAAAAUCAACCGAACAAACUGAAUCCUCUCAACAGACAACGAAAAAGGCUCUAACCCAACACUGAUAUAAUGGCCUCCACAGCAAAAGCGAAUGGCACGACAGCGAAGACCGCAACCAUUAAUGAUGACUACAUAACGGUAGUGGAAGUGGACGAUCCGACGUCGAACUCGAAGGAUCGGCUUAAGAAGCUAGUCAAGCGUCAAAGCUCCGUGGCGGAGGACUCCUCGUUCAUCACAGUGCUGACAAUAAACGAAAUGGAGUUACUCCAACAGCGAAAACAGGACAAGGAAGUUGAAAGUGGCUCAAACCCUACAAUGGAGGAGCAAAUAGAGGAUGUCACAUUGUUCAGAUUACCGGGAGAGCGUCUCGGUUUUGGCCUCAAGUUUCAGGGAGGCACCAGAAGCACAGAACUCAUCCAAAAACUGUACAUACAAUCCUGUGCCGCCGACAGUCCUGCCUCCAAAGUAGCCACCAGCUGGGGUAAUCUACGCGAGGGUGAUGAGAUCGUCAGUAUCGAUGGUCGGGAUGUCCGGGAAUUGACGCGAAUCGAUUGCGUUCGCGGCCUCAAAGACAAUGUGGCCAUCCAGCUGGUGGUGCGAAAUGGUCACGGCCAGAAGCCGCCCAGCGAAGAGGAUCCACAGCAGCAGGAACAGCUAUCGAUCACUCUGAAUGCCCAGCCACCUCCUCCGCCACCAGUGCCGCCAAGAAAGUUGGUGAGACGACAAAACUCCAAAGAGAACCAGGCCCAGCUGCUUAUCGAGAAGCCAUUGACACCACCACCGGAUGCGGAGUACUAUCUGAAUCUUCUAACCGAAUCCAUCAAGGCGGGCUCAGAGUCGGAUGAUACAGCCAGUACAAUUUCCACCGUCAUCGACAAGUUCUCUAUGAGCUCGAAUUACUCCUCGGACAGCAGUCUCAAUGGCCAUGAGCUGGCCAAGGUUUUGCAACCAUUUACCCUCCUCGAGCAGGAGUUUCUGCCCUUGGAGCAGCCGCUGGGACAUCCCAAGUUGCUUAUUCCUGGCAACAACUAUGAAAAUGUGGAGUUCAAGACGGAGAAGGUCAAUGUGUACGAGAAUGUGGAGCUAAGGAGUCCAGAAACGACGCCGACACCAAAGCCCAGAGUCCAACUGGCAACCGUAGAGCCAAAAAAACGAUCGAUCAUACCCAUGCCACGAAAAAUUCCUACUCCAACGAAGCUGCCCAUUGAGGUGACCCCGCCGCGGGUUCCCAUGUUGGAGGAGCCCAAAACGCCCACUAAUGACAAAGCCGAUUCCCCUAAAACACCCACUAGCGAACUCAAGGAGUCUCCCAUCAGUGCUACCAAAAUACCUAAGGCCAAGUUCUCCAGGGCCAAAACUGAAGGCGAGAUCAAGCUGCAUUUGCCAACCCCAAAGCAGCAAUCACCACAAAGCAAAUCUCGUAUACCCGUAGUCAGUACCCCUACACCACAAAAAACUGUGUCCAAACCAGUAUCACCCACAUUGAAUGGUACACCACUCAGUUCCAAUAUACCACGACUGUUGCAAAAGCAGAAGUCCGAAACGGAUCUGAAACUGAACUUGUAUAGGAGUAAGUCUAAAGAGUCGAGUCCCAGACCUCCUUUGCAAAGAGCGAACUCGGCAGAGGCCCCAGAAAGGACCUUUAUACCUGUACUUCUUAACGGCAACUCCAAGAGCUCAAACUCCUUGGAGAGCGUCAGUUCGAUUGGCAGUAAUAGCAGUGGAAAUAGUGGAAGAUCGCCAAAGGGACCAAAGCCCAAGCCACCAGAGCGAGUGCAAUCGCUUCAGAAAACCCAGAUACCCAAAUUGCAGGCACUUCCAACCACUCCACCUCAACAGAUACCCAAAUUGAGCAUGCAGACGUUCAAGCAGAGCCCACCCACACCCCGAUCCACGCCAGUGGGUACUCCAUCUCCAACAAGUAAUCGAGAGAUACGCUUCAAGAUUCAGACGUACGAGAGCAAGGCCCAGGACGAAGAUAAACUACCCAGCUUAUUUGACCUAGUGCACAGUCAGGAGAAUGAUAAGCAUAAGGAUAAGGACAGCGAUUCGCUCAAGGCCCACAAUAGUAUCACAGCUCUUUUGGCCGCCGCCGCUGCUGAGGCCGCUGAUCUCUCCAGGGAGUCACCUCCGCCGCUGGUCGUCGGAAAAUGCAUGAAGAUCGUCGAUGACACCAAUACCACCACCUGCUAUUCCAGUUCCAGCAGCGGGGAGGAGGACGAGGAUGAUCUGGAUGCUGCCAACCGGGAGUACAUAUGCGAGGAUGGCGAAAAGCUGGGACCUCCGGAGCUGAUAAAUGGCCCCGGUCCCUCGGAGGCCUACUUCAACAUGUUCUGGCACUCGAACAUGCUGCCCACCAUCGGCGAGGUCGAGGAGGAGUUCUCCUCCCUGGAACCCCAAUCCCUAACAAACGGAAACCUUGUCAAAUCAGAGGAGUCGAAGAAGUUACACAAAAUGGAAGUAAGCGGCGGUGGACUGACCCAGCUGACUGAUGAUAAGAUUGCUGACCGUGACGCAAGUGCAACGAGAGAGGAUAGUCUCAAUGAAGUCACAACGAACCAAAUCCAUGAAAUCAGCUCUAGCAGUUCCAGUUCCGUGAGAAGUCAAAAGACCACCACAACCACUCGAGUGACCACCACCAAGACUAGUUCCAGUUCCAGCUCCAGUUCGUCCAGUUGCUCAUCCACUAUCAUCCCGGAUAUUGCCUUCAAGCUGCAACCCUAUGAGGAUAGGGACGAUAUACUGUCGGAACCCAUUACCACCAUCCACGAAGAACGACGUGUGCUAAGUGAGCAGAAGACCCUCAGCGAAUCGAGGACCCGGGAUGCAUUAACCGGCGAAGAGCAGCUGGUAACCAGUGCCAAUUCGAAGUCGAGCAGUGCCCGCUUCAAGAAGAUCAGCAGCAACGACAACCUACUCGACCUUGGCGACGAGCAGGACAUGCAGGAGCAGCCGUUGACCGCCACGAUCACCCAGGAAUCGAGUCUGAGGGAGCGGUUGGAGUGUCCUCAGGAUAACCAGAGUAUCGAGAGGGGUACUCUGACCCUAUCCGAGCGGGGAAAGCAGCUGAGCGAGAAGGACGGCCUCAGCACCUACACGGAAUGUGAGACGAGUGAAAAGGAGUCCUACCUGGAGGGCCAACAGCUCCUCAAUGGGAAGGAGGGUUCUACUAGCCAGGAUGAGCCUAGUGACCAACCCACUUACGAACGAGAGGUCAGCGAGACCCUAACGAUCGUCAACGAUGGCGAAAAGCAGGUCACCAAGAAAUUGGAACAGAACAAGGAAACUGCUGGCAAAAAGGGUGCCAAGCUCCUUAAGAAGACCGACGAGGAGCGACGUCUUGAGCAGGAGGCCCAAAAGCUGAUCGAAAGCUAUCAGAAGGUCAAGAAAGAAGCGGAGAAGCUGUACAAACAGGAAUUGGCCGACGAUGAUCAGGGCUUUGAUUUAAGUGCCUUUGAGCAGGUGGAGGAGGAGGAUAAGCCAGAGGAGAUCAAAGAAGUGAAGGACUCCCAGCCUGUGAAGGUGGAUAUUCAAGUUGUAGAAGAGGUUAAAACACCUAAUCAAGUCAUAGAGGAAGUCAAGCUGGAAGAUGUGAAAGAGAAAGUGGAGGAGAAUGUCCAAGUAGCUCAACAGGAAAUCAAAAAAGAGGUCAAGGUCUCACACCAAGAAAUUAAAGAAACCUUGAAGAGUGAAGAAAAGGACGAGAGUAAGGAACUCAAGGAGGUUAGGGAGCAGGUCAAAGUAACGCAGCAGGAUGUUAGGGAACAGGUCAAGGAGAUGGAGGCUAUCAAAGAGGUGCACAAAGAAGUGAAAGUUAUUAAGGAAAGUGCUAAAGUCAUUACGACCACGAGUCACAAACAAGCAAUUACGGCAGUAAGGAUCUCUAAAGAAGGAGUUUCCAAAAUAGAUAGCACACUUCCUGCCGUGUCAACCACAAAAGUGGAGAUCAUCUCACCUCCCCUGGAAGACGACUUGGGCUACGUGCUCCACAAGCACAUUAUUCUUCCCCAGGAGAAGGUCAAGACGCCGCCCGCGCCACUGCCGAAACCGAAACCCAAACCUCCAGUGCCCACAAACAAACCCAAAAUGCCGGUCAGCUUGACCAAGCCGAAGUCAGCACCUCCACCAGUGCCCAGUAAGAGGAGUGAGCUAUCGGCAUCCGGUGCCAAGCCCACACCCACCCAAAGGCGCGGCAGCUUGGAGACCGCCCAACCUCCGAAGCCGCUGGAACGCAUAAUUGUCGGCGUGGAGCAGCGGGAUGAGCCAGAAAAGCCAGAAAAGCCCCAGCCAAUUAUCAACUUGGCCAGCGUUGAUCUGCCCAAUGUGGCGCUCAGCAGCAAGCAAGCGACCGUGGAAACAAGUCCUGUGGUCGAGAUGCCACCGGAUGAGCUCCAAUUCGAGAGCCACCAACUGCCGGAUGACAGUGAAAAGCAAAAGGACUUGCAUCAGGAGUCAAAUGACCUGCUCAGCGGGUCGUCAUCGUCGUCGGUAACCACGCCCAUAACAACGCCAAUUUUGGUAUCUGCCACCUCGUCGAUGGACUCGGUGCAAAGUGUCAUCGAGGUCGCCAAUGGAUUGCCCAUCAUCAGCAAUCAGCACACUGACGACGACGACAUUGAUGAAGAUGACGCGGCGGAUGACGAUGGGGUGCAUUUGGAGCCCGCAGCUCCGAAGGAUAUUCGUCCUGUCCAGGAGGUGACAACGUUGACGCUCGACAGGGAACACGAAUCAGAUCUGGGUACCCUCAGUAACCACCACAGCAACAUAAGCAACAUCAGCGGAAUCAGCGGCAUCAGCGCCAGUAGCAACAUCCCGGCAGCAACUUUAAUCAGCAGCAGCAGCAUUAAGAAGACAACCACUGAGGCGGCAACCACGGCACCUGCUGCACCCCUGAUCCCCGGCAAAAUGGAGCUGCUGAGCAGCAACACAGCAACAACAACGACAACGACGACAGCAACGCACCACCUGCAUCAGGCAACCACCACGAAACAGCUGCUGGUGCAGGAUUACCUCAGCUACGCCUCACCACCCACCUAUUCCCGCCUGCCGCCCGAUGGUCAUGAAUUUCCACCCAACUUCAGCGAACCACUGAUCAUGCACAGCCACCCACUGAAGGUCACCACCGAGUUGAGUUACGAGUUACAGAAUGGCGGAAAGGAUGAGACCUCUGCACCACCACUUCCCAAAACGGGACCACCAGGCACAGUUCCCAGGAAAGUAUAUCGCCAGGAUUUGGUCAUAAACGUAGAGCCAGCACCCAGUUUAACCAGGGACUAUCAGAGAUCCCUGAGUGGUGGUACUCCCCGCAAGCCCAGCGAUUGGCGCAAGGAUGAAAAGUCGGAGAAGUCGGUGCGCGACAAGAUUGCCAUGUUCUCGUCCAACAACGAACUGGAUGCCAUUCCGCCAGCUCCGGCUACAGCCCCAAUUUCAAGCUCCUUCUCCCGGAAGCCCUUGAACAGGAGCAGUGAAAAUCUUCUGGACAGUUGCUCGGCAUCCUCGGCUCCUUCGCUGAAAACUCGCGCGAUGAGCGUGGAAAAUCUGAAUGAUGUGCAGCGGCAAUAUCAGUUGGCCAAACAGCUGCCCCAGCUGCACGUGGCCGACUCAAUGUAUUCCCUGAACACAGCCACGCCCACACCGAGCUACGCCUCUUUGCCGAGGAGGAGCCACGGGGGAUCGUAUUCCUCGGGAGUGGAGAGAAGGAUCAGUUUCUCGGGCGAAGGUGGAGAUGCGGCCAACCGAAAGGCAGCCAUUACAAAUAUCCUGGAGCAAAGAAGGAGGAGUUUGUCGAAACUGCGAGGACUGGUCAUCCCAGAGAGACCCCAGCUGCUGGAACCCAUCCUGGAUUUGCCGGAGAUCAAGAGCCAGGUGAAAGCAGCCAGCGGAGAAGAUAGUACGGAUAGCGGCUUGGGCGAAAGUCACCGCAGUACGGUCAAUAGGAAUAACCAAUUGGGCGCAGGAGGAGCCGCCAGUAACUAUCGCAGCAUUUUCACCACCAAUCAAAGAAGACCGCUGGAACAACAGCUCUCCCAACCACCAGCCAAGCCACCCAGGACAUCGCUGACACCACUCCAGCCGAGAAGCAUGAUGAUGCCGCCACCACCACCUCCCUUAGAUCAGGAAAGUGAUACGGAUUCGGUGUUCUCGCACACGGCCAGGGUGGCCACUCCACCGGAGAAGUUUGCACUGACCAGAACCCUCAGUUCCGAAACAAACACUUCGAUAGCUAGUUCCAACACCUCUACUCUAACAUCAGGAUCUUCUGCCGGAUCUCAAGCCAGUUGCAGUUCCCUAGGCAGCACACCAGCGUUGGACCUAACCAGGCGGGUUCUCAAGAGCCAGGUGAUCAAUGGCGAAGCCGGUCCGCUUUCCAGUCGCAAAAGUAUUCUGGCCUCGGCCAAGUGCCGCAGUGCCAAGAGUCGUGGCCAAGAGGAGGACAACGACAGCACCGAUGGAGAAGCCUGUUCCCUGGCCAAUCGUAGAAUUAAACCCAUUUCCAGCUAUAAGCUCCAGCAGCAACAGAUCCAACUGGGCAAGCAACUGGUGGUGGACAAGCUGAUCAAUGUGGCCGCCUAUGUGGAACUAACCUCGGAUACGGACGACAGCAGCCGGAGAUCUGAUACGCCUGCCAAGAUCAGUGCCAUGUUCAUAGACGAGGAGCGCAAGGCCAGCUUCAAAGGAGAUCCCAACCAGCAGGCUAAGGUCAAAGUGGAGCAGGUCAAGCCCAUGGUCCUCCCAAUGAUGCUUCCAUCCGCGAAGAGGGAACCUCUUAAGCAACAAACCACCGCCGAACUGCGCGAAAAGUUCGAAAGGAGUGCUGCAGCCCAAGCCCAAGCUCAAACCCAAAACCACUCGCCUAUAAUCCAUAAGGUCACCCAGAAGCCACAUCAUGAGCGAUUCUCCUCGCUGGACUCCCUGGCGUCCAGUUCCUCGGGCGUUAGUUCGACCACCCAAAACGUGAGCACCACCCAGGAGACGGCCACCGAAUUCGGCAGCUUUUCCUCGCUGGGCAGCAACCAGAGUUUGAUCACCGCCCAGGAUGUCCAGCAGAUCGUCGAGGAGGCCGAUCCUCCACUAAAGACUCCAGAGGCGUUCAUCAUUGUCCUGCAGAGGGAUAAUCCCGAGAGCAGCAUCGGAAUCACUCUCGCCGGCGGUUCUGAUUACGAGGCUAAGGAAAUCACGAUCCACAAGAUCCUGAGCAACACGCCAGCUGCCAAGGAUGGACGUCUGAAGAAGGGUGAUCGAAUCCUCGCCGUCAACGGAAUGAGCAUGCGCGGAUUGACGCACCGCGAGUCCAUUAGUGUGCUAAAGACCCCACGACCUGAGGUAGUCCUAGUGGUGACCCGAUCCGAGUCGCUGGUGGUGAAGGCGCUGACCAAGAAACGAUCCUCCCUGGGAUCACUGAGCUCGCUUAAUGAGAAGCCCACGGAACUGGACUAUGAACGCAAGCGAAACUACCACAAGGCCUCCCGAUCUCUGGACUUGGAUCUCGAUCUGGUGUCCAAUGAAGCUGGCGAAGCGCCAGUGGCUACCACACCCAGCACCGGAUCCGUAAGUCCACCUCAGCCAGCGAGCUUGCACGACGAGGAUGCGGAGGCCACCAUCGCGGGUAUCCGCGCCAGGAGGCAGUUGUCCCGCGGAGAUGCCGCCAAGCUCAGCACGAGUGAGCUCUUGGAACGGGCGGCAGAGGCCAGGAAUGCCAUUGCAGCGGAGAUUCGUGCACAGGCGGAGGAUGCGGCGGCCAGUGGAGGAGGUGCUCGUUGUGUGGAGAUUGUCAAGGACAGCUGUGGUCUGGGUUUCUCCAUCGAAGGAGGCUUUGAUUCGCCGCUGGGAAAUCGUCCCCUGAUUGUCAAAAAGGUGUUCAUGGGUGGUGCCGCCCAGAAGACCAACCAGGUGCGCAAUGGCGACGAAAUCCUUAGCAUCAAUGGUGCCUCCACGUCGCGGAUGACGCGUGUGGAUGCCUGGAACUAUAUGAAGCAACUGCCGCUGGGACCGGUCAAGAUUUGUUUCGCCUAGGAAGGAUGGUUGAAAUGGAACGCCAACGAUGGGGAAGAAUGCGCCACAAUUUUGUUAGAUUUAAGCCAAUUAGCUUGGUUACCCCUUUACCGGUCUAACCUGGGGGUCUUGCCAAUUUGAUGGAUCAAUGCUGCGAGCGAUUUGUUUUGCAUUUAAACGAACCUUUAAUUGUAUGCCUAAUUUUAUAGAUAUUUAAUUUAAAGUGCAAUUGUUUAAACCUUACAACUCUUUGAUGCCCUAUUUACAUACCUUUAACUGAUCGAUGAUUGUACAUAUUACUAAUCGAGACUAAUUUACGUAUUUAAACUUUAAAACAAAUUGAAGCCGUCAAUCGGGCAGCGCUGUUUCCUUAUACACAUCUUAUUAUUCAACAAAACAUACGAAAAAAAAACAAUUAUAUUUUAUGCCAUAAAUUAUACGGGAACGUUAUACAUGUAUAUUAUUUUAAUAAUUAUUAUUUUAUUUAAAGAACAACAAAAACAAUGUUUACGUAUACAAAAGUAUUUGCUAAAAAUAAACAUACAACAUAUAUGAAAAUAACCUUA